CCUUAUAUAUUCCUCCAUGUCGGAGAAGAAUGACAUACGGAAAAUCACCCCGUAUUCUUAUUGUCUGACAUUACGCAUAAGUUUCAAAAGGUCACUUUAAUUACGUUUCUUCACUUCCCUGAAAACCACAGUUUUUGUUUUUGUACAACAUUUCCUUCACUUCCAGACCAAUGGAAGGAAAAUCCAAGAUGUCCAAACUUUCUGGAGCAAUCUUUUUUAUACUGGGAUUGUUUUUCCUAAGAGCCGCAGAAUGUAGAACACCAGCGAAUUGGGGCACGGUCAAGUACUCUGCCCUUAGCUGUCGAAAGCACAGUGCUCUUUUGACUGAUUUUGGAGCCGUUGGCGAUGGCAAAACGUCCAACACAAAGGCCUUCAAGGCGGCCAUUCAUCAUCUAAGCCAGAGUGCAUCCGACGGCGGAGCACAGCUUAUCGUGCCACCGGGGAAGUGGCUAACCGGGAGCUUCAACCUCACCAGCCAUUUCACCCUUUUCCUACACAAGGAUGCUGUUAUUCUUGCAACUCAGGAUGAGUCAGAGUGGCCUCUUGUUUCAGUCCUGCCUUCAUAUGGGAGAGGCAGAGAUGCUCCUGGUGGAAGGUUUAGCAGUCUCAUUUUUGGAACAAACCUCACCGAUGUCGUAAUUACCGGUAACAAUGGAACCAUCGAUGGGCAAGGUGCUUCUUGGUGGAAAAAGUUCAAAGCAGGUCAAUUGAAUGAAACUCGACCUUACAUGAUUGAGAUCAUGUACUCUAAUCAAAUCCAAAUAUCAAAUCUUACUUUGGUCAAUUCUCCUUCUUGGUUUGUCCAUCCCAUAUACAGCAGCAAUAUAACAAUCCAAGGGCUCACUAUCCUUGCACCAAUUAACUCUCCUAACACAGAUGGCAUAGACCCAGAUUCAUGCUCACAAACUAGAAUUGAAGACUGCUUCAUAGUCUCUGGGGAUGACUGCAUUGCAGUAAAGAGUGGAUGGGACCAAUACGGGAUCAAAGUUGGGAUCCCAACAGAGCACCUUGUGAUCAGAAGACUUACCUGCAUUUCACCUGACAGUGCUACCAUUGCUCUAGGCAGUGAGAUGUCAGGUGGAAUUCGCGAUGUUCGAGCUGAGGACAUCACAGCCCUUAGCACUCAAUCCAGUGUGAGGAUAAAAACUUCCCAAGGAAGAGGAGGUUAUGUCAAAGACAUAUUUGUGAGAAGAAUGACCCUCAAGACUAUGAAGUAUGUUUUCUGGAUGACUGGCUCUUAUGGGUCUCACCCGGACCCUGGCUUUGAUCCUAAGGCAUUGCCUUUGAUCCAGAACAUCAACUACAAACAAAUUAAGGCUGAGAAUGUUACUUACUCUGCAAGGCUGGAGGGAAUUCCUAAUGAUCAUUUCAAGGGAAUUUGCAUUUCUAAUGUGACUAUCACACUGACUGAGAAGCCCAAGAAAUUACAAUGGAACUGUACCGAUAUUGCGGGAGUUACAAGCAACGUGACUCCAAAGGCAUGCGAUUUGUUGCCGGAGAAGAAAGAAAUCAUCGAUUGUACUUUCCCAGAAGAUAGGUUGGCGAUUGAAGAUGUUAAGUUGGUGACAUGUUCUGCCAGUCUCCCUAUCUUCUAAGAGUCAUGUAUUAUAUGGGAAUUUUGAUGCUCAAAUGAGGUAGCAUCCUAUGUUUCAAAUAUUAGGAGUCUGAAUGACCAUAAAAUUAAAGUAGUUUUCCAAGAUUUCCUUCUUUUUUCUAUAUGCUAUCCAAUUUGUUCAGCAAUAAUCAAUUGAUAAUGAAAAUCUGAAAGAAUGGAUGACCUCCGUUGCAAGCUCAA